GAAAACUGCACCCAUUUUCGCACGGUUUUCUAGGCUGAGGCCGCUGCAUGUCUUUGCACCUGUCACUCUUGAUUGGAUUGCUUGGAACUAGCCGUCAAUCACAUCUGUCGCGAGCGUCGCCCGAGCUGUUCUCACGGAGAAAGUCAUCUCGGGUGCUCAAAGGCGCUUCUGACGCGGGAAGCAAGCGCUAUAUCGACAAUGUUCUUAUUCGGCAGCAUCUCGACACCCAAACAAUCGCUGAUACAGACAGCCUUAACUUCAUCAAUAGGCACAACACAAACAAAGCGGGUUUCCCGGCUUUAAACGCAGAACAAUUAUCGUCUGAAACCCUGUUGUGGGGUUUGAGCUGUUCGCAACGUCAGACGGCGCCCACUCGCCCACCGUGGUAUUUCCGUUCUUGUUUGUCCAACAACGGUUGUUGAGCUUACUCGCCGCAUUGCAUCUUGCUCCCCCGAAACUCGGCGGAAUAGUCAAAGCUCAUAUAAUAUUCCCGCAAAUAAAGGGCCACCACAGAGCACCGGUUCGUCCUUUUGACAGGCCAGAGCAUCCUGGG